UAGAUGAUGAUGUGAGGAGGGAUCGCCUCAAUCUCCAACCCCCACCCCCGCCCUCUCACUCCGAUUACCCACAGAAUAUCGAUUCUCACACUUCUCCUCUCAAUUUUCCAACACCUUUUUUGGUUUUCCCACCACCAAGUCACGCUGAGUUUACACUCCAGAUUUUGAUUUUCGAUCUCUUGAUUCAACCCCUUUUUUCUUUUCCGCCCAUCAAUCAAGGUUGUUCUUCAAUCUACUUUUCUACUCAGGUGGAUUCAUUCUGGGUGGGUUUCUUUGAGUUUCGGUUUCAGUUGCAGUCUUCGGAUAUUUCUUCUGUUUCCUCUCAAAUCAACUGUUCUGUUACCCGUAGCAAGGUGGAUUUAUGUGCAAUGCAGAGAUCACGUAGAGCUCUUCUACAGAGGAGAGCUUUGGAGGAGUCGAUUUGUGGAAGAAAUCGCUUGUAUAAGGUCUCUGUUUCAGUUGUUGUUAUUCUCUGGGGCCUUGUCUUCUUCUUAAAUACAUGGAUCGGCCACGGGGAUUUUCAUAAAGCGAAGCCUGAACAAUAUUCUGUUAAUUCAACAAGAUGGGAUGAAGAUAUAGAAGCAAUUGAAAGGGGUGCGAAUUCCAUAUUACCUGUGGACAGACAUCCAUCAGAGGAAAUUGUCUCCAGUGAUUCUUGUGCUUAUGCUUCUGUAAGUGUUCAGGAACCUGAUUUUAGUAACAGUGAACCACAUGUUAGGUUGGCAAGAGCAAACUCUGAGUCUGCUGCUGAGGAAGCUACCAUAAAGAGAAACGUACCUGCAAAUAUGGAAAAGCAAAAGCCUAAAGUCUACAGACCCUCCCGUGGCGUACCUCUGGGUCUUGAUGAAUUCAAGAAUAAAGCAUUUAGUUCUCAAAGUAGGUAUCUAUCUGGUCAGGCUGGAAGCAUCAUUCACAGAUUGGAGCCUGGUGGGGCGGAGUACAAUUACGCAUCUGCUUCUAAAGGAGCAAAGGUCUUGUCUUACAAUAAGGAAGCCAAGGGUGCUUCUAAUAUCUUGAACAGAGAUAAAGACAAGUACCUCCGGAAUCCUUGCUCCACUGAAGAGAAGUUUGUUGUAAUAGAACUUUCUGAAGAAACCUUGGUGGAUACUAUUGAAAUAGCAAAUUUUGAGCAUCAUUCAUCUAAUUUGAAAGAUUUUGUGUUAUUAGGCAGUCCUGUUUAUCCUACUGAUUCUUGGGUCAAACUUGGGAAUUUUACUGCUGCAAAUGUGAAGCAUGCCCAAAGGUUUGUUCUUCCCGAGCCAAAAUGGGUGAGAUAUCUUAAACUGAAUCUACUAAGUCAUCAUGGUUCAGAGUUCUACUGUACAUUGAGUGUCCUGGAAGUGUAUGGUGUUGAUGCUGUUGAGAAAAUGCUUGAGGACCUGGUUUCAGUUCAAGAUAAGCUACCAGUAUCUGGAGAACCAUUGGACGAGAAGAAGACUGGUCUGAGCCAGCACAUGGCUAGUGAAGGUGAUGCUUUUGAAGCUCUAGUUGAAGAGCCUGAUACUACAACUGGAACCUCUGAUGUGAAACGUGGAAGGUUAAAUAUUGAUGUGCCUGACCCAGUUGAAGAAAUCAGACAUCAGCCGGUUAAUAGGAUGCCGGGGGAUAGUGUUCUUAAGAUUCUCCUUAAAAAAGUUAGAUCCUUGGAUUUGAAUUUAGGAGUUCUCGAGCGAUACCUGGAGGAAUUGAAUUCCAGAUACAGUGACAUCUUCAAAGAAUUUGAUAAGGAAGUUGGAGAUAAAGGCGUCCUUCUAGAGAAGAUCAUGUCUGAUAUCCGGAGUUUCUCAGACAGCAAGGAGGACAUGAGUAAGGAGAUUGGUGAUCUUUUGUCUUGGAAAUCUCUUGUUUCCAUGCAGCUGGAAAAUAUACUCAAAGAAAAUACCCUUCUCAGGUUGGAGGUGGAAAAGGUGCGGAGGAACCAGUUACAUCUGGAGAACAAGGGAAUUGUUAUUUUUCUUGUAUGUGUAGGUUUUGGAUUCUUAGCUCUUAUAAGGUCGUUCGUAGAUAUGAUACCAAAUGUUAAUAGAUGCGAGGAUUCCAGGAAAUUUUGUUCCAAGAGGUCUUCCUGGUUUUACCUACUACUCUGCUGUAGCAUUACUGUAAUCAUCCUGUCCUUAUGAAUCUUGUAGCUUUUAAUUAUUUUCUUGAGUUGCAUUGUUCUUCUUACCAAUAUCUGUGAUUGUAUAAUUCGAUAUUGAUUUCUUGCCUUAAAA